UGUUAAGUUAAUAAUUCCAGUUCAUUCCAUUUAUACCUUUAAAGUGAUUUUAUAAGAAUGGCGAAUAAAGGAAAAUUUAUCGACAGAUCACCUAUAAUACAAGCUGCGGGGAAGUCUUCAGGAGCAUACGAGGACACUGUAUCAUCCAGUUUUGACGAUUUACGAGUUACUGCACAUGAAAGUUUCUGGGAAAAGGAAGUCGAACCGACAACUCAAGAAUUGGUAGACUCUUCAAAACCUCCAUAUAAAGUGAUUUGGGACAAGCGUGCUACACAUGAAAAGUACAAGAAGACUCACGAUGACUUUAACCCAUCUGAGAGGAUUACCAGAGGGUACGAUGAUCACUUUGAUCCUGCUCAGAAAUUUGAAGGUAAAACACAAUACGAUGCAAGAGGUAUAUGGGUGAGGUGCGCCUGCGAGUGGCACAGCCACGAACCCAUAAUUUCCUCCGAUCAGAUCCAAGCGAAUUUCAACAAACGAACAAAACCACAACUGGGAAAGGUCUUAGCUCCUAAUUACAACUUGGACUGUGUGCCAAAGGGUCACAGUUUUGGAAGAGUAAAGCCUAAGUCAUCCGACGGCACUUCCGAUUUGAUAACUGACUCGAAUCAGUCUUCAUGUUUGUUUAAACAAGACUUCUACAAGUGGCUAGGGUCCUUGAACGAUUUAAAAUUGUUGUUGAAGCACAGAAGCGAUGAGGAUUUUCAAUUCAACGAUUUCUGUGACAAAGCCCAACAUUUUGACAAAGAGGAAACCGGAUGGUUGCCAGUUGACACGUUUUUCGAACUGUGUAUGUGUCACAAACUCACGUUCCCUAAGGAAGACAUCGAAUCCCUUAUGAGGAUCCUGGGUGUUAUUGUAGAAGACAAAGUCGAUUAUAAAAGAUUCAUUGAAAUAAUUGAUGUCGAUUCGCCAUCGUUCCAAAUAAUGGAGUUUCAUGAUAUACCCAAGACAAGCAGGUACUACGUGGGACCAGAUCAGGCUGCAACUUGCGACUACAUGAUAAUGGACAGUUCAGGCAUGCACGCAGCUGGAUUACCGUCCGUCCAUUCUGAUCAUUUUCACAUCUCUACAAAACUGGCAGCGGACGAGCAAGAAUUUGAGAAAAAAUAAGGUUUGUUUCAUAAAGAAUAUUGCUUUAACGUUACUGCCAUCGCUCAGACUGAAUAUUAUCUUCUUUUUUAUUUCUACUCAAGUUGAAUCGACUGUUUUUAACGUUGUUUUUAAAGAUGAAAAACUACUACAUAGUUAGAUAAGUAUAUGUUAAAAAAAUUUUGAUAUUAUUUUUAUCCAUUAGCGAUUAAGUCUUUAGACCUAAUAAUAAUAUUUUUUUUCUAUCACAUCCAAAAAGAAAAAAAACAUUUAUAUGGUCAGAAUAUUUGCUUGCAUCUCGUACAUUCAUAAGCUUUCAUAGUACUCCUCUAGCUAGGAAAUAAAAUUUAUUUGUUACUAAAAAAAUAUUUAGAUUUAAAUGCAUUUAAACUUGUGGCAAUUUUUGUUUCAUUUGGCAGCCACAUUGUCAUUGAAAAGGUAUUGCUUUGCUAGCAUUUAGGUUUUAAAAUUAAAUAAUUGUAGUUGUAGUCUCAAAAAUGUAAAUGCAUAAUUCGUAUAUUAAUAAAUCUGCAAAAAUUA